GCCUCCUAAUAUGUGUCAUCAGCUGUUAGAUUAUGGUCAGAUAUGAUAAUUUAUAAUAUUGCGCGAUAUAUGUACAUUUCUUGUAAUAUCCAGAGUGGACAUAGAAUUUAGGUUAGUGAAAUUUAUAAAUGUCAUUCAUUGGAAUGUAAAUGAUGUUGUCGAUUCAAACAUUGGUCUAUCUCAUCGUGCUUGUCACGGUGGCAAGAUGCAGUGACAUAACACCUGCCGUGUUCGGUAACGUAUUGGAUGGUAUGCCGGCAGCGUUUGGCGACUUCAAUUCUGAUGAACUGACAGAUGUGUUUAUGUUGCGCGGGAAACCGGGGGAUAGUCCUAGGACGGUAGAAAUAUUCUUGGCGGCUGAUCAGGAACCAUUGUUACGGCCUGCGCCACAUUUGAAUUGUUCUUUCAAGAAUAAUGUGACCAGCGUAGUGCCAGGCGACUUUGAUGGUGACGUCUUCAUGGAUAUCCUAGUGACUACCUUUAAUCGCACGGAUAAGCUCACUUAUGUACACAUACUCUGGGGCGGGAACGGCCAUCUGAACUGUAGCAACGAAUCGUUACCUCUUAUAAAGAUGCGCGACCAACCGUUGGCAUUGGAUUACAAUCAAGAUAUGAUAAUUGAUCUUUUCGGAGUGGAUCAAAAUAACAAUAGGACAUUCUGGAUAUUCAACGAGGAUAGAACUCCUCCGACACCCCUUAAGAUGGAAUCGAAAGAUAAAUUGAAGUUUGAGUCGGUGAGAAUUCCGCAUUCCAACGCUUUUCUAGAUCUAAAUAAUGACUUUCUGUCGGAUCUCGUGGUAACCACGAAAAAGUCCUUCGAAAUAUGGUUUGGUACCGAGAUAGGAGGAUUUGAAUUCUCUCACUACAUCCAUCUUCCAUACAAUGCCUUGAUCGAUCAAAACAAAACAGAGUUUGGCCAGACUCUCUAUCUAGACAUUGAGCUAACCGGCAAAAUGGCUCUCCUUCUGCCAUUGUGCUUCAACGAGGAAUGCACCAAUUGCACGAUAAUGAUGUAUCAGAACUCAAGCUGGCAUAAUCUGGAAGUAAACUUCCGCGAUCUUAACAAUGUGAUGUGGGGUUUCGUGAAGCCGAAUGGUCACCGUUACACAGAGACCAUUACUCUUCGCGGCGGUGACUUUAACAUGGAUGGCUAUCCGGAUUUGUUGGCUACUCUGCAAUCUUCCUCCGGAAAACAGUCAUUCUUGCUGCAAAACGUGGCGUGCAAGACUUGCACCGGUUUCAAUCGCACCUUCGAGGUCAAGUGGCAGGCGCUGAAUCCAUUCUACAAUGAGACCGCGAUGGCAGUAUUUUACGACUUUUAUCAAGAUGGUAUCCUAGAUGUGAUACUGGUGGAGUAUGAUAAGACGAGCAAUUCCUAUCGCACUGCGGCGUUCAAGAAUAGUUUGGAUUACGAUGCGAAUUUUGUUAAGGUGAUGGUACUCACCGGACGCACCAACAGCAUGUAUCCAAUUUCACCGGGCUCGCUUGGCAAGAAAAAACGAACCUACGGCACCAAUUUGCCGGGACCAUCAAUUGCAUACAGAACUACUACUCAGGACGGUAGUCCUCGUAAUGCGAUUGCAGCGCAGUUACCACAAAGCGCACAUUUCUCGCUUAAUUUGCCAUACACCACCUUCGGUUUAGGAAGAACGCCUAAUUUUGUAGAUGCUCUUACGAUAGGGGUUGGUGGUAAAUCACGAGAAUGGCCGCAAAUCAUACCCAAUUCCCAAAUGGUUGUGAUACCAAAUCCCAUCGCCGAGCCGUCGAGAUGGAAGGCUCAACUGUUCGUUACACCUAGCAAGUUGAUCUUGCUAAGCGCUGCCGCAUUAACCGGCACAUGCGGUUUGAUCACAGCCAUUAUUCUCGGUUUGUAUUGGAAGGAGAGGCGAGAGGAUAAAAUAGAGAAACUGCAGGAAGCGCACAGGUUCCACUUCGAUGCGAUGUAAACGAGUUGAUACAUGUGAAGAGGUAAAGAAGAGAGAGAGAAACCAUCGGAUGAUUACCGGCAAAUAUACAUCCCGCGCUCCACAUGUCAAUGGACGUUGUAUAUAAUUUUGCUCCGAAAAGAACAUCCGGGGGACGGUACCAUAAUGUAACAACUUCCGCUGAGUAACAUUUUACAGGAAUACCAAAAGCCCUUGCUAAUCCGAAAUCGGCAAGCUUCAACUCCCCGUUCUAUAAACAAAUUCUCUUG